CGUCCUCCACGUGCACACCGGAGUGCACCGUUAAACCACAGACAGCUCGGUCAGACUGAUCCACUUACAGGGACAAUGCCAGGGGAUCACUGGGGGUAUGGAAAACAGGACGGCCCUUCUGUGUGGCACAAAAACUUCCCUGUUGCCGAGGGGACCCGCCAGUCUCCCAUUGACAUCGUCCCUCAGCAGGCUUCACAUGACACCAGUCUGGCUCCGAUUGUCCUGAACUACGAUCAGUGUACCUCCAUCAACAUCGCCAACAACGGACACUCUGUUGUUGUGGAGUUUGAGGACUCUGAUGACCGUUCAGUGAUCCGGGGAGGCCCUCUUGACAACCCCUACAGGCUUAAACAGUUUCACUUCCACUGGGGCGGAAAGGGCUGCCACGGCUCUGAGCACACUGUUGCAGGAAAAAGCUAUGCUUCUGAGCUUCAUUUAGUGCACUGGAACGCUGUGAAGUACAAGACAUUUGGGGAGGCGGCAACAGCUCCUGACGGCCUCGCUGUCCUCGGCAUCUUUUUAGAAACAGGUGACGACCACAGGUGGCUCCACACGAUAACAGACACUCUGUACACGGUGAAGUUUAAGGGCAGCGUCACAGAUUUCAAAGGUUUCAACCCCAAGUGCCUCCUGCCCAGCAGCCUCCACUACUGGACCUACCUGGGAUCACUGACCACGCCCCCCCUGCACGAGAGCGUCAUCUGGAUUGUUGUGCAGGAGCCAAUCACAGUGUCUGAAAAACAGCUCGGCAAAUUUAGAACGCUUCUGUUCAGCGGAGAGGAAGAGGAUCAGAGGACACGCAUGGAAAACAACUUCAGGCCUCCUCAGCCUCUCAAAGGCAGGAAAGUGCGAUCCUCUAAUUAACGUGACCCCGAGAGAUCUGAAGUCGCAGAUAACAACGGAGGCUCUUUUCGACAACAGUGAAUGCAUUAAUGUGAUUGUACUUUUUUACCUCACGGUCGCCUGUCCUGAGGGUUUCUGAUUUACUUUGUACAGAAGAGUAAUUCUCAUCACUGCCAGCUCUUUGAGAUGCAUGUGUCCCUCCACUGGUCAGGCGCAGGAAUCAGUUUUCAAAUGAUUUUUGGGGAAAAUUAAAGGGAUUUUGAUUAACUUUCAGGUUUGUUAUUUGACUAUUUGCUAAUAUUCUUAUAAGCUAUGUUAAUAGAGAUUCAAAGGUUGGAUGUGUGCUUUGAGGAAAACAAGUGUUGUUAAGGCAAGCUCUUGUUAGGUGCUAUAAUAUGUAACUAUAAGU